CUAGUGGAUAUGUUACGAAUGCAUUUCUUUGAAUACCUAUGUUGUUAAUAUUUCUGAAACACAUAGAAUUAACUUAUGAUACUGAUAUUCAGUUUUUAUUUAGUAGUUUUAUGUAAUACAGCUUAGGAUAUGAUUAAGAACAUUUUCUGUGAAAUUUAAGUAGUGGUUUGUGAUAAAGCUUCUGUUACAAUGGCAUCAUCUAAAAAGGUUGUUGACAGAUUAGACAGCAUAAAAUCUCUUAAUGAGUUAGAUUUAGGUGAAAAUCAGUAUGUGAAAGUUUCAACUCUUGUUGAAUGUGUAAGUGAAACGUUAGAUAAUAAAGCUGAGAAUUCUAAAGAAGUUAAUCAAAGUGAAUGUGAUGAUAAAGUGAAAAAUUCUGAAAAUCAUAUGCAGAAUGAAAAUGAUGAUGAGGUGACUGCAGAUGAAAGUGCAGUUCCCCCAGUUUUUCGACGUUUUCUCCGUAGAUUUAGUGAAAACAAUGGAAUUGAAACAACUGUACCAGAUUUGGAACACAGAAAAAAGAUUGAAAACAUAGGCAAAAUGACUCAAAUGACACAAGAAGAGAUAAUUACUAAUACGAAAACAGUUAUCCAAGGUUUGGAGGCUCUGAAAAAUGAACAUAACUCCAUUCUAAAUGGCCUGUUAACAUCUCUUAAGGCUGUACAGCAGGAGAAACCAAGUGAUAACAAUGUCGUUGAAGAAAAGACAUCGAUUAUUAAAAAGACCCUGGAGUCUAUUGAAUUAGGCCUAGGGGAAGCUCAGGUUAUGAUGGCUUUAGCUGGUCAUCUACAGACAGUUGAAGCUGAGAAACAAAAAUUGAAAGCUCAGGUUCGUCGCCUUUGCCAAGAAAAUGCAUGGCUGCGUGAUGAAUUGGCAAAUACACAGCAAAAACUUCAAGCUUCUGAGCAGAUGGUUGCUCAGUUAGAAGAAGAUAAAAAGCAUUUGGAAUUUAUGAAUGCUUUGAAAAAAUAUGACAUUGAAACUGGUUCAGAAGAAAAUGUGUUUGAAAAGAAACCCGAUAGUGAGGAGCCUUUGAACUUAGGAUUCCCUGAAGAUGAUGACGAUAGUGCUCAUCAUGAAGCACUCUCACCCACCCCAUCUACACAAAUGUCUGUAUCAGCUAAUGCAGGAUAUGAAAUCCCUGCUCGUUUGCGUACUUUACAUAAUUUGGUAAUCCAGUAUGCUUCUCAAGGGCGAUAUGAAGUUGCAGUACCUCUUUGCAAGCAAGCCUUGGAAGAUCUUGAAAAAACUAGUGGUCAUGAUCAUCCAGAUGUUGCAACUAUGCUUAAUAUAUUAGCUUUAGUGUACAGGGAUCAAAAUAAGUAUAAAGAAGCUGCAAAUUUAUUAAACGAUGCUCUUGCAAUCAGAGAAAAGACAUUAGGAGAAAAUCAUCCUGCGGUUGCUGCAACUUUGAAUAAUUUAGCAGUUUUAUACGGCAAGAGAGGAAAAUACAGAGAGGCAGAACCACUCUGUAAGAGAGCAUUAGAAAUAAGAGAGAGGGUAUUGGGGAAAGACCAUCCGGAUGUUGCAAAACAGUUAAAUAAUUUAGCAUUGUUGUGUCAGAAUCAAGGAAAGUAUGAAGAAGUAGAAAGAUAUUAUCAACGUGCCCUUGAAAUUUAUGAGAAAACAUUGGGUCCUGAUGAUCCCAACGUAGCAAAGACCAAAAAUAAUCUGGCAUCUGCGUAUUUAAAACAAGGGAAGUACAAAGAAGCUGAAAUUUUAUAUAAACAAGUACUUACAAGAGCUCAUGAAAGAGAAUUUGGUAGCAUUGAUGGAGAGAAUAAACCAAUAUGGCAAGUAGCAGAAGAACGGGAGGAAAAUAAAAAUAAACAGAAAGAAAAUUCUCCUUAUGGAGAAUAUGGUGGAUGGCAUAAGGCUGCUAAAGUUGACAGCCCAACAGUGGCAACUACAUUAAAAAAUUUAGGGGCAUUGUAUAGAAGGCAAGUCAAAUAUGAAUCUGCCUGAUCCCUCGAAGAUUGUGCUCUGAAGGGCUAGAAAGAGGCAUUGGACUCAGGUAGACAGGGUAAGUCUCCCCAUUUUCUAAGUGCUGAUCUGACUGCUAUUCCAAAGGAAAAAAGAAGGUCUAAAGAAUUAAGCCGCAGAGGCUCCCGAGAAUCUCUAGACAGCAUGGCUUAUGACCACUGUAGUGAAGCUGAUGAUACCAAUGGAAAACUCAAACGAAGCAGCAGCUUCAGCAAAUUGAGGGCCUCGAUACGACACAGUAGUGCCAAGCUUCUUCAUAAACUCAAAGGGGAUCAGUCAGCUAAUGGCAACAUGGAAAGUCUUGCAGCAAGAAUGAAACGAGCCAGCUCAAUGUCAAUGCUUAAUUCAGAUGAACAGGUCAAAAGCAAUUUGAUGACCAUGCGAUCCAAAACAGCAAGCACAGACCAACUAAGAAGUCGAGACACUCAUUAAUGAACAUUUUUCCAGCAUAGUUAUUUUUUAGAAUUUAGACUUUUUUGAUCUCUGCACCCUAGGAUAUCGCUAGCAGUAUUUAACUGAAAGUGUCAGACAUUAACAGAACUGGAGUGUAAAUAUAUACAAAGUUAAUAUUGCCUAUUGGGGGUUUAAAAAUAUGCAGUAUACUGUUAAGUCAAUGUAUAUAGAUAAAGUUCCUUGUUUUAACUUCAUGUUUGCCAAUAAAAAGUGCUGUUGCUUUGGAUAUCGCAGCUUCCUUGGAGUUAAGUAUCUGAUUUUUGCAAUUUAAGGAAAUGUGAUAUUAUUUUUUAUUAUUGUUCUUCUUUGUGCAUUUGGUGAAGUAGGGCUUUUUUCUUUUCUUGCAUGUGUGAUUUAAAUUAAUGUACAUUGUUAUACGAUUAUUGUGUGUUGUUUUACUAUUGUAAUUUGUAGGAGGUUUGGUCAAUAUUAUAUUUUUUAUGUACAGAAAUCACAUUCAUAAUUAUGUAAUAGUUUUAUUGAAAAUCUGUAUUUUGUCUGUUUUAUUUAAGAUUGGAAAUUUAAUCUCCUGUUUACCCUAUAAAGCAUGUUUGGUAUUAAAGUUGUGUUAAUUAAUAAACAAAGCUGUGUAUAAUACAUUAAACUCAGAAGAAUUGUAUGCUGUUCUUCUUUGUAUUUAAAAAAUUUCAACUUACAUUUGUAAUUGAAAGGAUUGAUCAUAAAUCAGGAUUGUAAAUUGUUUGUGUUUCCUUUCAUAUUUUCUCAUCUCUUUGUGUGCAUGGAAAAAGCAUUGUUAAAUAUUUAUUAGCUCAUUAAUUAAUUAUAAUAUAGGCGCACUUGAAGUUGCCUUUCAUUUCUUCUAAUGUAGCUUUUGGAUCAUGUGUAUUUAUAAUUUUACAGUGUGUAAGAUCUCUCAUUCAGUUUUUAUAAGCUUUCAAAAAAAAAAAAAAAAAAAAAUUAAAUUUUUUACUUUUAUCACUGUUUCUAUUAUUUGUUAAUGAACUUCUUGUUUUAAGAAAUUUGUUUAACUGGGUACUGCUCAGUUAGCAAAAAAAAACAUGUAUUAUGUUCUUUUAUAAGGGAGUGAUGUUGUAAAAAACAUCCCUAAUACUCAAGUAUUGGGCCUUUCCCAUAAUGGAAAUUUUCAGUUAAUUAUUCAAAAGAAUAAAUGAAUGUUCUAUAUUAUUUAAUUAUUUUUUCUUCCUUCUGAAUAGUAAUAAUUUAGUUUUUUUUACUAGCCUAGGCAGAAAAUAUUUGUGUUCAGAUGUGCUUGAACAUUUAAAUUAUUAACAUUAUUACAAAGACAUCUCUCAAAGCAUUAUGGAUUGGUGUGAGUCAAACCAUAACUGAGCAAAUGAAAAAUAAACAUUUUGGCUUAUUUGCAUUCCAUAUUAUGAAGUUUAUGUAAAUAUGUAAUUUUUCGAAAAAUUCGAUGGAGUAAAUGGAAUAUAAUACACUUAAAAUAAAUCAGGCUUAUUAAAAAAAAUAUUGUGUCCUUUUAGUUGGAUUGCUGAAAGUUUAGAAGUUAUUUAUAUAACUCACUUAUAUUUUAUGUUUUUUUAAUGAAAAAGAAAUGUAAUAAGGAAUUUUAAAGUUUAAAAUUGUAUAAGAUGAUGGUUUUAUGUUAUAAAAUUAAUGAAGAUCAUCAAAUGAAUGUUGAAGGUUGCAUGUUUGUAUAUGCUGUGAAGUUUAAAAUUUUCAUCUCUUUUUAUAGAUGGAGCUUUUAUAAGGCAGUUUUGUAAAGGCACUAUUGUAAUGAUAAUUUUUAGUAGCUAAAAAUAAUUAUUUCCACACUGCUAGUGAUAUUUUGUAAAUGAUUUUGAUAGCAUUUGUGUGCAUUUUCUGUAAUUUUUAAACACAGAAUCAAAGAAUGAAUUUUGUGAAAAGAAAUGUCAGCAUUAUACUGUAUUGCAAUGCAUGAUAGUGACAUUAGCAUUGGAACAGGACUUCAUGACAGAUCUAAUUGGCAAUAGGUACUGAAUGUGUAAUAAAUAUAUUUCCAUAUCUUAUUUGCUUAAAUUCUUGUAUUAAAACUAUAUUUCAAAACAUAAUCAAAAUUUUUCGAUAUCAUAGCAUGUUUAUCAGCUAAAAAUGCCAGUUUUGGAAUGGUCAGUGAACAGAUAUAUUUGCCUUCUUUAAGUUUGGUUUGUGAAGUGAUUGUAAAUUAGACAUUAUUGUUUUUUGAAAUAGUGUGAAUUGUUUAACCUAAAGUUACCAUCUAAUCAAAUAUGCACUUCCAGUAUUCCCAGAAAAACAGUUAAAUGCUUUAGAGAGCUAUAAUAUUCAAUCAAGUAAGUAAAAAGAAAAGAUGUUACACUUAAUUUUUGCAAAAUGCAAAUUUUCUUUAAGUAGGUAUUACAAUUUUGUGUGAUUUCAUCCAUAUUCUUGGAAGUACAUUGAAAGAUUAAAAUAUAUAUAUAUAUACAUAGUGUAUUUAAAGAAAUUGAGAGGUAAUUAAAAAUAGACAAUUACAAAUUCUAAUAAAUAUUGUUAGUUGCUAUUUUUAAUUAGUCCUCUUGAGUAGCACAGUUAUUUAAAUGUUAUGAAGUUUUUGUUUCAUUAUCUUAUUUGUUAUAUUCCACUCUGCCUUAUUAUCUUAUUCUUAUGAAUAUGAAAAUAUCAUAAAACAAGCUAAUCAUAGAAAGCAAAGUAAUAAAAGCUGUGUAAGUAUGACACUAGUAAAUAGGUUGUAAGAGAAGUUGUUAUUUGGAGAGUUUAGCCUAAACAAUACUUUAUAUUGUUUUUUGUUUAUGUUAUAAUGCAGUCAAUAUUCCAUAUACAGGAUCUUCACCUUCAAGACAUCUUUUAUAAUAUGUCAUACUUUGAAGAAUAGAGGCAAAUACAGUAUAAAACUACAGUUUGUAAUCAUGAGGUAUCUUAACUGUAUAGUUUUAAAAACAUCGGAAGAAAAAAAAAAAAAUGCAUAGGUAAUAUAUAAUCAUAGUGUAAGCUGCUGAAAAUUAUUACUUUUUGCUAAAUAAUGCAGAAAUGUCCCCUCCCGUUAUGUUGUUAAAUGAAAUUAAUAUGUGAGCCUAAUCUCCUGUGGUGUCUAUGUACUUUUGUAAUAUAAAAUCACAGCUUUUUACUUGUUUAUUUAUUGAAAUCAUGCUCACAGUUCAGGUCCUUUAGCUGGAGGUGCUUUUUUAAUUCAGUUAUUAAUUUUUAUACUACAGCCUGUAGAUCAGGUUGAUUUUGUUUCAUUUUAGAGGUGUAAUAAAAAUAAAUCGUGCUAUUUAUUAAAGCAAUUUUAUUUCUCCUUCAUGUUUUAAAAGGAUCUGAACUGAAAAGAAAUAUCAAAAGAUGUUAUUCAUUCCAGAUAUUAUGAAACAAUGGCAAUUUUUUUUUCCUUUACUGAGCUUAAUUUCUUGGUCUAAUAGAUGUAUUCCAUAAUGCUCAUUAAAUUUGCAAUCUUAAGUGUUGCCUUCCACACUUGGAAAAAUUAUUUGCUUAAAAAAAAGAGAGAGGGAGCUUUAUAAGAAAAUGAUAAAUUUAAAAAGAAAAAAAAAAGUUCAUAAGAAAACCAUAAAACUAAUCAGCUUUAUUCAUUAGAUAUCAGAAAUUAGUUUGUAAAGUGCAUAUAUUUAUUGCUAAAUUUCUUUUAAAUUCUCUGUUAUUUACAAGAAAUUAAGUCCAUUUCUGUUUCCAAAAUCUAAGCUUUCUUUUACCAGGCUUAUAUGUACGAUAUGUAUGAAAGAUAUGCCUGCACAACUUAAAUGAAACAUAUUAUACUUUUGUGUGUAUUUCCUCUAAUAAAAAAACUUACAUUUUGUGUGUAAAA